UCAGCACGAGGGAUGCCAUCUGCAAUGACACCGAAACCCACAGUGCAUGGCACACAGCGCGUCGUGCAGUGCCCGGAGGCUAUUGGCGCCUGGCUCUCUCGCUCACCGUCUGCACAGCUCAAGUGAACUUGGCGGAGCGAUGCAGCUCAGGUCACGCGAGGAUUCUUCAAAUGGACGCGGCUUGUGCAGCGAUCUGUAGACCGGUGCCGCAAUGCGACAGGCAGCACUCAGACAGCGGAAGGGAAAAGCACUUGAAGGCCGCAGAAGUGCAGCUCUUUCAGAGACGCCCCCAUGCAAUCUCUGCUGCGAGCUCGCACUGGCAGUGCUCCCACUCCAUCGAGGAGAAACGCAUAGGGUUUCUCAU